CUCUAGCUCCACACUCUCCCUCUCUCACGCACACACCUACACCCUGUCAAAAGGGUGCACAGGUGAGUCUGUCAGAGGAGACUCGGGUCGCUGGACAGAGGAGAAGCCUGGACAUGGAGUCCACCCUCCUCAAAGCUCCAGGCGGAGCAGGUGCUGUGGCUGGCACUGGCGGCUUGCAGCCCCUUGAAGUGGCGGCAGGGCCUGUAGAGCUGGUGGAGGGAGACAAGAGUAAACCUGAACAGGAGCCGUACUCCUGUGACAGCUCUCUGUCCUCCUCGGACAGCGAGGACGAGGGUAUAGGCAAGAAAGACAAGAAGAAGAAGAAGAAGAAGAAGCUGACGAAGAAGAAGAAGAAGAAGAAAGAUUCCAGCUCAUCUUCCUCCUCAUCCUCCUCCUCCUCCUCCUCGUCAUCCUCCUCCUCCUCCUCCUCUUCCUCCUCCUCCAGCAGCUCUUCAGACAGUGACAGCGAGGAUGACAAGAAAAAGAAGAAGAAGAAGGAGAAGGAGAAAAAGGAUACAAAGGAUAAAAAGGGUGCGCUGAAAGAAUAUGUCUAUGACAGUUCCAUCAUCUCUCUGGCUGGUCCCGACGGCCAAACGGAGCAGCAGCUUGACGAGGGUCUGAAGGGAUUCAACUCAUCGGAUGACGAGGGUGACAAGAAAAAAGAGAAGAAGAAGAAGAAGGACAAGAAAAAGAAGAAGAAGAAGAAGAAGGAUUCAUCCUCAUCCUCAUCUGACAGUUCUUCCUCCGACAGCGAGGAUGAAAAGAAGAAGAAAAAGAAGAAGAAGAAGAAGAAGAAGUCCAGCUCCUCUGAUGAUAGCUCCUCUUCUUCCUCAUCCUCCUCUUCUUCUGAUAGUGAUGACGAUAAGAAAAAGAAGAAGAAGAAGAAAGAUAAGAAGAAGAAGAAAAAGAAGAAGAAGGAUUCUUCUGACUCCUCCAGCGACUCUUCUAGUGAUGACAAGAAGAAGAAAAAGAAGAAGAAAAAGGACAAGAAGAAGAAGAAAAAGAAGGACAAAAAGAAGGACUCAAGCUCGUGUUCAUCUGAUAGCGACAAGGAAAAUAAAAAGGACAAGAAGGACAAGAAGAAGAAGGAAAAGGAUUCAGGCUCAUCAGUUAGUGAAGCUGACAAAAAGAAAAAGACUGAAGGCCCUGAUGGUGAGCAAAGCAGCAAGCCAAAAACGGAGAUGUCCGGCUCAGGUGAUGGCGGGUUUUCAGCUCUCAGUGGCAGCGGCUCUAAGCCGGGUGGUGCUCCUUCUGUCUCCUUCACUCCGCUCCCCUCCAAACCCAUCGUAAAGCUGGAUCCUCAGAGUCCUCCAGCUCCAGCUCCAGCUACCGUUCCAGCUCAAUCGUCCAAUCCCUCUGCCUCCAGCACCUUACUGAGCUAUGGAGACAGGGCCAUCCGCAGACCUCCCAGCCCCAUGGAAGCCCUCAUGGGGAGCCCAAGGAAGCAGGGAGACGGAGGGACCCGAUCUAGUUCCAUACUGACCAGUAGUGACCUGCUGAGAGGCCCCAAGCCUUACUCACAAUGAGAUGUCAGGAUCAAAAAAAGAUGUUGCUGAUGAUAAGAGAUGCUGUAAUUCUGCUCUCAGUGCUGUGACAUUGUGCACCGAAAAUCUUAUGAGUCAUCAUGCAAAAUAAAAGCAGAUGUUUCAAAUUCAAGUUGAGAAAGAUUACUCUACAGUGAAUAAUAAUGAUUUUACAUGCUUUGAUUUGAAUUGGUUUGAUUUGAAAAGGACAUUUGUGGUGAAAAUGUCAAUUCACAAUCACAUGAAAUGCUUGCUUUGAAAAAUAAAACAAUAUGAUCUGA